AUGGGUGACGCGACCAACACCGAGGCGGAGCGCUUCGCUAUCGGUAUCUCCUUUGGUAACACCUCCAGCUCAAUUGCUCGUAUUUCGCCUGAGGGCAAGGUUGAGGUUAUCGCCAACGAGGAGGGAGAUCGUCAAAUUCCCUCUAUUCUUUCGUACAUUGAGGGAGAGGAAUACCACGGCACACAAGCCAAGGCUCAGCUCAUCCGCAACUCCAAAAACACAGUAGCAUACUUCCGGGAUUUCCUGGGCAAGGAAUUCAAGGCCAUUGACCCAACUCCAUGCCAUGCGUCUGCCCACCCUGAGCAGAGCAGCUCGACUGUGGCCUUCACCAUCCGUGAUACCCCCAGCGAGAGCCCCAACACUAUCACUGUCUCUGAGAUCACCACCCGUCACAUUCGCCGUCUCAAGCAGUCCGCUGCCGAUUUCCUCGGCAAAGAGGUUAACGCCGCUGUCAUCACCGUCCCCACCGACUUCACCGACGCUCAGCGCGAGGCCCUCGUUGCUGCCGCAAAGGCUGCCGGUGUCGAGGUUCUCCAGCUCAUCCACGAGCCCGUUGCCGCUGUUAUGGCCUACGAUGCCCGCCCCGAGGCCCCUGCUGUCAGCGACAAGCUUGUCGUUGUCGCUGAUCUUGGUGGCACUCGCUCGGAUGUGGCUGUUGUCGCUUGCCGUGGCGGCAUGUACACCAUCCUGGCUACUGCCCACGACUACGAGCUGGGUGGAGCCUCCCUCGACCAGAUCAUUAUUGACUUCUUCGCCAAGGAGUUUAUCAAGAAGCACAAGACCGAUCCCCGCGAGGAUGCCCGCGGUCUGGCCAAGCUUAAGCUUGAGUGUGAGGGUACCCGCAAGGCUCUUAGCCUGAGCGCCAACGCCCAGCUGAGCAUUGAGUCUCUUGCCGAUGGCAUUGACUUCAGCUCCACCAUCAACCGCACUCGUUAUGAGCUGCUUUCCAACAAGGUCUUCGGUCAGUUCAUUGAUCUGAUCCAGCAGGUUAUCAAGAAGGCUGAGCUCGACGUUCUCGAUAUCGACGAGGUCAUCUUCUCCGGUGGUGUCUCUCACACUCCCAAGAUUGCCCAAUUGGCCAGCAACAUCUUCCCCGAGAAGACCGUCAUCCUUGCCCCCUCGACCUUGACUACCGCCAUCAACCCCUCCGAGCUCUCUGCCCGCGGUGCCGCAUUCCAGGCCUCCUUGGUGCAGGAGUUCGAUGUCGAGGACAUCGAGCAGUCAAUUCACCCCAUGGUGACUGUCAUUCCCCACCUGACCAAGGCCAUCGGUGUCGAGUUCUCUUCCGGCUCCGAGCUUGCCUUCACACCUCUGCUGAACGUUGCAACCGCCCUUCCCGCUCGCCGCAUCGCCCAGUACUCCGCCCCCAAGGAGGGUGGUGAUGUCCUGAUCCGCGUGUGUGAGGGUGCCCACGAGAUCAAGGUUACUAAGCCCGAGCCCAAGGCCAAGCAGGAGAAGCCUGCCGAUGAUGAGGACUCUGACUUCGAUUCUGACGAGGAGGAGGAGGAUAUCCGCGAGAUCAUCUGGAAGACCGAGAAGCCCAUUGCCGAGCUUGCCGUCAAGGGUAUCAAGGCCGGUGGUAAGGUCGAGGUCAUGGUCCACGUCAACCCUGACCUUGGUCUUCAGAUCACCGCUCGCGAAGUCGGUGGCAGCACCGCUGUUCGUGGUGCUAUCAACGGCUCCGCUUAA